AUGAAAUUCGCAAUCGUCCUCGCCGCGUUAGCCGCCGUCGCCGUGGCUCGUCCUCAGAAUCAGCUCACCCCCGGAGUCGUACCCAUCCUGGACUUCCAAGAGAGCCAUGACGAGUUCGGGCAGUUCGCUCUGAGCUACCUUACCGGCGAUGGAACCCAAGUAUCCGAACAGGGUGCUCUGGUCCCCAACUCCAAGGAAGACGGAUUCGUCCUCGUAAAGAAGGGAUCCUUCAAGUACUACGCUCCCGACGGACAGUUAAUCGAGGAAACGUGGACCGCCGACGGCAACGGCUUCCACGCCGAGGGCAGUCACUUGCCGGUGGCACCUGACCCCAUCGCGGCCUCGUAG